AUGCCAACUCACAUUUACAGUAAUCCUUUGGAAAUAGUCGACAUAUCCGAAAUUAAUCAGGAUACGGCAGAUAAACUUUUGCAUGCAGCAUCCACUCAGGGAUUUUUGAUGCUUGAAGGACACGGCUUUUCACAGGAAGAAGUGGAUCAAUUAUAUAACUUAUCAGCAAAGUUUUUUACUGAAGUGCCACUGGAAGAGAAGCAAAAGUAUCCUAUUGACAAGAGAAACAGAGGUUACACUGGAAUGGGAGUCGAAAACCUCGAGCUGGAUCAAUUAGAUAAGAAAGUUGGUGAUCCUAAAGAGUGCUUUAACUUUGCAGCAAUGAAUCUCGCUGCAGGAGUUCCGGAUCAAAAGCUUCCAACUCUUUUCCGGGAUAAUAUGGACACCAUCUCGAAAACGGUUCUGAAACUUCGAGAGGAUACAAAAAAGAUACUCAAACUUUUGGCAAUGGGCUUGCAAGUGGACGAAAAGAAAGGCGGAUCUGAUUGGUUUGUUAUGAGACAUAAUGACACGAGACCUUCUGGAACAACAUUCAGAUUGUUACACUAUCCUUCUCCGGUGAAGCCAGGGGCUUCUAAUGAAGAGAAGGAUAAGUAUAGGGAAGUUAAUAUUGCUGGUGCCCACACGGACUAUGGUGGAUUGACAUUGCUUUUCCAGAAGGAAGGGGAAGAUGGCCUUCAAAUUCUUUCACCUAUGACAAAAAAGUGGGAGGCAGUCCCUUUUGUGGCUGCAUCACCAAAGUUUGCAACAAACGGCGAUGCACCUCCGUUAAUCGUCAAUAUCGCUGACCAGUUAAGCUAUUGGACAAACGGCUUAUUAAGAUCUACCGUUCAUCGUGUGAGAUUUGCUGAAAAGUCGUUAGAUGAAGGUAAAGAUCGUUACUCUAUAGUUAUGUUUUCUCAUCCAUCCGAUGAUACACUUUUGGAACCGGUUCCAUCAAAAUUAAUAAGUUCAGAAGACACAAGAGGUGCUUCGCAGUAUUUGCUCAAGCAUGGUCGUUCACAAACAGCUGGUGAGCAUUUAGCCAGGAGAUUAGCUAGUACUUACGGUUGGUAUUAG